AUGCAGAAAGGCCUCAAGAAGUACUUCGUCAACAUGGACGAAUAUCUGUCCAGCCUCGGCCUCUACCGGAAGAUGGUGGCCCGGGACGCCUCCAGCCUCUUCAGGGCCGUGUCCGAACAGUUGUAUUUCUCCCAGAACUACCACCAGAAGAUCCGACUGGAUUGUGCAAACUUCAUGAGAGCCAACAGAUGCAACUUUGAACCAUUUGUGGAAGGCUCCUUUGAGAAGUACCUGGAGCGUCUGGAGGACCCAAAGGAGACGGUGGGCCAGGUGGAGAUCAAGGCUCUGUCACAGCUGUACAGACGUUGUUUCCUGAUCUACCGUUACCCGGGGAAACCAGCCACUGUGAUCUCUGAGGAUGACUUUGUGGACAAGGUGACGCUGUGUUGCUCCAUCAACGGUCACUAUGACAUCGUCUACCCAAGGAGUUACCCCGCCUCCGCCGCGCUCUGCCAGUCUCUGCUGUACGAGCUGCUGUACACUCAGGUGUUCUGCGUUGAGGAGGCGGAGCUCUGUCAGGCCAUGGAGGCCUUCAGGGUCGGAGGGCGUCGCUAUAGAAACAGCCCAUCAGUGUGUAGCGAUGUGGACGUCGGCUACGACACACCUGAGGACCGAGGGCAGAGGGAGGAGGUGGAAGUGGGCGGAGCCGCUGAGGAGAAGAACCGAGUUCUGACGGAUGACUUGAAGCCUCCUGCUGAAGCUCCGCCCCCCUCCAGACUGUCUCUGCCCUACAAAGUCAUCAAGUCUCUGGACGGAGAAGUUUACAGGAACCUGGAGUUUGAUGUGUGGCAGGACACCUGCAAAGAGAUGCAGAAGACAGACUACAUGGUGUUUGCAGGGAGGCAGUACUUCCUGGGAGACAAGUGUCAGGUGCGUCUGGAGCCGAAGGGGAAGUACUACAACGCCUUCAUCCAGGAAGUAGGAACUCACUCAACAGCCGUCACCGUCUUCAUCGAGGAGCUGGGAGAGAAACACCUGGUUCCUCUGACUGACCUGAAACCUGUUAAUCCAGUUCCUGCCUGGAACGUUGCUGCUCCCACCAGAAAAGGAGAUCUGGCUGCUGAAAUCAGAGACAGCAGCAGUUAUACUGAACUGAGGGCUGAACUACAAAACAGGUUCAAGACAUCCAGACUCAUCAAACCUGAACCUCCAGUCAGAGACAUCAGCUCCACCCGCUUCCUGAACCGUCACCUGAUUGGACCCCAGCUGACCUAUUACCAUCCUGGCAGGCGAUAUUACCACGACUACGAGAACUACGCCUUCAGGUCCCGUCGCAGUCGGCGUCAGCUGGCUCUGAACAAAGAGGUCCAGUUCGGUUUCCCGGCCGAGGCGGUGGAGGAACCGGCAGACCUGGACACAGCCAUCACCUACUACCAGCUGGAUGACGCCAAUGACGGCGUCUUUCCUCCGCUGCCGGGCCCUGCUGUAGCUCCUCCCCCUACCAUGGUAGCCCCGCCCCCUCCUGCUGGCUCCUCCUACAGAGUUCAGCGAGGCUCGGGGCCCCUCCCACCAGCACCUCCACCUGGAAACACCCCCGUAUGCUCAUCGGAGGAGGACCAGGAGGACACGAGCACCGUGGAGGACCAAGCGGAGUACAGCGAGGAGUUCCUCUACAGCACCCAGGAUCAGAGCUACCAGACGUCAGGUGUUUACAGUGCUGCUGAGCCCUCCACCAAUCAGGAUGAACAGGACGGAGGCUCAGCUGCUUCUCCAGAGAGACCCGACAUGAACACCUACAGCUACACACAACAGGUAAACACGCCUACAGGGAGCUGCUGUUCUUCACCAGAAGCAUCAACAGAAGAGGAUCCAUCUAACGGGUGUUUUCUGUCCUCAGUUGCCAUGGCGAUCCCCGCUGCCUCUCCCUGGUUGGUCAGCGAGCUGGGCGAGGCGCUCUGCACUGUGGUGGCUCCGCCCCCUUACUCCUACGACCCCAACGGCAGCGAUCUACCGCGAGACUGCAGGGUGCUCCAGUACUACUUCAACCUGGGAGUCCAGUUCUACCACCAGAGCUGCUGGCAGCAGCAGGUGUUUCCUUCCUCCUCACCUGACUCCUCCUACCAGCACUACCCCCCCUACCUGAGCAGCCAGGACCCUCCCCUGCACGCUGCCCCUCAGUCUUUUCCUGAGACCAGCCGAGGCUCCCAUCAGCCCCCCUCCGCCUACCCAGAAUCCACCAGGGCAGCAGACGGACAGACGGAGGGACUCGGAGGCCCUUCCUCCUCUGCCAUCAGUCCCGCCCCUGCAGGCUCCGCCCCCUCCACCACAUUACUCUACCCGGACCAGACACCCCUCCACCCUCCUCCACCGUUGCUGCACCUCCCAUAUGAAGCUCCGCCCCACACUGCCUACCUGCCUGCUGCCCCGCCUCCUCCUCACCCCACCCACCUGCCUCACCACUCCUCCUAUCACGCCUGCCUACCCUCCUCCACCCACUGGGGGGCUCUCCCCAGUGGAGGCCACGCCCCACGAGUGUACUGUCCCGCCCCCAGUCCCGCCCACGUGGUUGGUUACAUCACUGCCCCACCCACUCACCACGCAGCGACCCACUACAUCCCCCCCACCAUGUAA